AUAAGAAUGAGUUUGAAGACCAAGAAUUAGAAGAUAGAAUUUAUAAACUUUCAAAGUUAGAAGAACCAGAUGAAAAUUUUGAUGAGGAUAAUAGAUAUUUCAGAAAUGCAAUUAAGAAUAAGUUAGAUGUAGAAGAAACCUGA